AUGUCGGAACCGCCAGAGGCCAAACGCUCCAAGACAAGUAGCAUACUGGAAGAAGUAUUGGCCUCCAAUUUGCUGGCAGACGACAAGGCCAAGGAAAUCCAAGAACAAUACGCAUCCAGCCAACCCUAUUCGCAUGCUCAAAUCAAGAACUUGUUUCAUUCCAAGUUCUUGCUUUCCGUCAAGGAAGAAAUCAAGAGUCAAACCAAGGUGAAUUUCAAGGAAUCUGAUUUGUUUCGAGUCUACCAGAGCAUUGAUUUGGCCAAUCUGGAACCUGGAAGUGAUCUUUCCAAGCAAUUGCCCAAUGUCAUGAAGCUGAGAGAAGUUUUGUAUUCUCAAGAAUGGCGAUCCUUUAUUGAGAAACUAUGUGGAUUGCCUCCUUCGACACUGGUUGAGAAAAUAGAUUGUGCUUGCAAUUGCCAUGCUCCCGGAUGUCAUUUGCUAUGUCACGACGAUGUGAUUGGGACUCGAAAAGUAUCUUAUAUCAUAUACUUGACUGAGGAAGACUGGAAACAAGAUGAAGGCGGAUCCUUGGAAUUAUAUGGUCAGCAACUGGAUAAUCCUACUUCCAAGAAGCAGAGUUCUCCAAUUCCUCUAGCUCGUGCUUGGCCAUUGUUCAAUAGCAUGGCAUUCUUUGUCGUCAAACCUGGCGAAUCCUUCCAUGCGGUCCAAGAAGUGACGGGCGAACGACCUAGACUUAGCUUACAAGGAUGGUAUCAUGCGGCGGAACCACCAAAGAAUAUGGAACUAGCAACCUUGCAACAGCUCAAGGCAGACAACGAUGCAUCAAAAGCAGGAACUGAUGCCGAAAAGACAUUUGAUGAAUCGGAAGCAAAGGAAUUUAGUGAUGCUGAUAAGGAGUAUCUCAGCAAAUAUUUGGUGCCAGAAUAUCUAAAAGAAGAGAGUAUGGACGAAAUUCACAAGAAAUUUGAGAAUGAUUCCAGUGUUCAAUUGCGAAAUUUCUUGCAAGACAAGUGGGUUCCCAAAAUGGAGUCUCGGACUGGCAAGAAGCGAGCAAAUGAUAUGAAUCAUUACAUGGAAGGAGUAUCGAGCGAAUGGAAACUGCGAGGUCCAGCACACAAGCAGCGAUAUCUGGAAUUCCGCCCACAGCCAUCCACUACGGAUUGCGCGGUCACUGGGUCCAUGAUGCAUUACGUCAAAAUGAAAGUAUUUGAAUCACCAGUCUUUGCCCGAUAUCUGAAACGAGUUACUGGCCUGGAACACCCCACUGGAAUCAAGGAAAGCAAGAUUCGAAGAUUCCGUCCUGGACUCGAUUACACUGUGGCUCACUAUGGUUUGUUGGUGAAAGAAUCAGUGUUGGAUGCCACCUUGUGCUUUGUCGCUGAUGGAAAUGAAGACGACAAGGCAAAGUGGGAGUAUGGGGAUUCAGGAGGCUUUGAAUGCUACAUUGAAGCGGAUGAAGAAAAUGAAGAAGGAGGAAAUCAAGCUGCCGAUGAAUACAACGAAGAUGAUGACACGGAACUGCUCAGUGUGAGUGCCAGCAACAAUACAUUGUCUUUGGUGUAUCGGGAUCCAGGAACGAUGCGAUUUGUCAAGUAUGUUGGCUCCUCGGCACCAAGUUCGAGGUUCGAUAUUGCAAUGGAAUACCAAGUUCCAGAGGGCGAAGAGGAUGAUGACGAAAAUGCGGACGAUGAUGCGGAAAAGCAGGAAAGUGAAGAUGUCGGGUUCUGA